CAUAGGCAAAGUCCUUCAGUUUAUUCAAGAAAGCAGAACAACAGUCAUACUUGUGUACCCAUACUGGCCAACCCAGGUGUGGUACCCACAGCUCCUACAGUUGAUGAAAUCUCCUCCAAUAUCGAUCAAAAUGCACCGCAAAACCAUUAUUCUCCCACAUCAACCAGAACAAGUCCACCCAUUAUAUCCCAAACUUCAACUUCAUGGAUGUCUCUUAUCAGGGCAUCCUUAGCUGCUCAAGGCAUAACGGGGGAACCUCAGGACAUCAUCGUGGCGUCAUGGCGAGAUGGAACCCGCAAACAAUACUGCACAUAUAUUACAGCCUGGUUAAAGUACUGCUCUGAUUGUAACAUCAGCCAAGUCAAUCCCAAGCUGCAGCAAGUCCUUGAUUUCCUUACCCUGCAAUCUAAACGUGUGGGAUAUAGUGCGGUUGCAACUGCCCGAAGUGCGCUGUCAAGUUUCAUUAAAGUUGAUGGUGUAAAAGUGGGUGACCACCCCUUGGUGUCAAGGUUUAUGACUGGCCUGUUUAAUCAAAAGCCAGCCCUUCUACGCUACUCUGAGACUUGGGACCCCCAAAUAGUGCUUAACCACCUUAAGACAUUUCCAGCCAUUGAUGAUAUGUCACUGAAACAGCUUACCCUGAAACUGGUCAUGCUUAUGGCCCUAUUGUCUGCACAGAGAGUUCAGACUUUACAGUCCUUGUCCUUGGAAGAAAUGAGUACCCUACCUGGAAAGUAUGUCUUUCGCAUCUCUUCUGUUCUAAAACAAACAACUGCCAAAGGGGGCCAGAACAGACAUUUACUACCUGUUACUUUUCAUAGUUACCCCCUGGACAAACGACUGUGUAUCGUGGAGCUACUUUCAGCUUAUGUUAAAAGAACCGCUCCUCUCAGGAAAGAGACAAAGCAGUUGCUUAUUUGCCAUGCUGAACCUCAUGGACCAGCUUCAAGGGACACAAUAUCACGUUGGAUAAAACAAACCAUGAAGGAUGCGGGAAUUGAUACUACGGUUUUCAAACCCCACAGCACUAGGGGUGCCUCUACUUCAGCAGCUAAAGCAUUGAAUGUUCCUGUUCAGGUUAUAAUGAACACUGCUGGAUGGCGUUCUGAUUCUACUUUUGCUAAAUUCUAUGAUCGCCCUGUCCUCACUACAAACAACUUUGCUGCAGCAAUUCUGGGAGAUAAGAAAUAA